ACCAAAAAUUACUAUUUUCUCAGCGACAUCAGUCAUCAUAUUCUGAUAACGAUAUCGUUAGCGUAUUUGGUCGGUUCUAGUUCUGAGUGAUGCCUACUAAAAUAAUUUAGCACUGAUGGUCAUUGCCGAUCCCGGCUGUGCAAACACUAUCGUCAGCAUCGCUAGUACUAACACCUUGUACUAGACUAUACGAUUGUUAUAAUUAUCAUACAUAGUGAAUAGCGCAAGUCGUUGCAGUACGAGUACUAGACUGUACAUGAAGGUCGCUAGGUGAUCGGAUGGAUGAGGUUGAAUGAAAACGAAUAAUGCAGGCUUUGUGGACAGAGGCGAGGUGUAGCAGUGAAAAUGUUCGUGGUUGCUGUUGUAUCACGACCAUCUGAAUCACGGCUUGGAAAGCAGCGCUAGCUGGGGCCCAGGUUCAGUACUUAUGCCCGGUGCUAACAGUACAUGAUUGAUUGUACAACACUACCCGUGUGUUACUAAUAGUAGAUCUACCUAGCGCCGUUGUUCAUCUACUUCUAGUGCCGUAGUGGCAGUAGCUGACUCUGAUGACGACCAACCUGCAAGGCUGCAGACAUUCUCACUAGACACUACAGUAGGCUGAGGUCAUCGGAGCUCUUGACUUUAAGUCUUUGCUGAGUCUCCGGAGCAGUAGCAAUGGCAUCUCGUCAUGGCGACAGCGUGGAGUGGGUGGACGCUAAUGAGUGGCGAGAUGGGAACAAACGGACUCGGCCCGCUCGACCGCUAGCCACGACUGCCCAUGAGCGCUCUGCGGACGCCCAGAGAGGGACUGGCCAAGGUUCAAUCCCGACAAAGUAUCGCACCGUGUUCUAUCCGCGCGACGACCGGAAAGGCUUCAUGAGCACCACCACUCGGUUUCAAGACACCGCCUACGAAGCCAAUGAUUGCCCAGGUCCCGGGGCAUACAAAACAGCAAACAUCGGCAGUGUUGCAAGGUCAGACACGACUUCGCUUUCCCAGAAAGGAACCGGCAACUUUGCGUCCAAGUGCCAACGCUUUACACAGGCAAGACCUGGUGCUGUAGCGCCCAAUUCGUACAAUGCUGCUGAUGCCCAGAAGAAGUUGGAUCGACAUGACUUUCGACAGGCAGAAACAACACGAGUAUUCCGAGAUGAUCUGGUGCCUGCAAGUUUUCGUCAAAGAAAGGACACGGGACCUGCUCCCAACAAGUACAGUGUCUUGACUGAGAGCAAGCCAGUACCGGCAGCGGCAUCUUUCAAAGCAAAGUGCAGGAGGGAGCCGGUUGAACUUCACACUGCAGCCAAUCCAGCACCGGGACAAUACAAUACUAAUAUGAGUGCAGUGAGACCCAAACCACCGCAGGGCUACAACAACUUGUUCCGCUCCACAGUUCCUAGGACAAUCUUCCCACCGCCCAAAGAGACACCAGGACCCGGUGCAUAUGACAGUCACGUGGAGGUGCAGAUCAGGAGGCCAGCUCAGCUGCAAAACCACUACCUGUGUUUAUCAGCGCCAGCCAUACCGUUACCUGCUGCACCAGCUCCACCUGGUCCAACCAAAUACAACCUACAGGAACUGAGCUCAUUCAACACAGCCGUGAAGGUGCGUCCAGACCCCUCCUUCAAGUCCAAAACUGGCCGCUGGCGAGGAGAGACGACUGGAAGUACCACUGCUGGUAUAGGGCCAGGAACAUACAGUGCAUCUGCUCCUGCUAAGCAAAGUUUCCUGCUAAAUCUACAAUCAAAGUGGACCACCUAGGCCACAAAUCUGUCCAGUAGUAUCCGAAGGACGGCAUCAAUGUGUAUGCAGGAUUCGGCCUACCUGGGGUUCUGAGAUGCCGUGUCUGUAGAGGAAGCUGGAGAUUCCUGGCCAAUCAGGGUAAGGGUUCCUGGCCAGCCAUGGUGACCGGCCGAUGGUUAGUGAUGCCUUUGCACUGGGACCACCAUUAUCUCUGUCAAGACAGGAUUUUCGUAAUAACACACAAUGUGUCUCUGACUGAGGGUGCAUGGCCUUUCUCUGAGCAGCCAUAUUGCAACAAUUUUUCUGAUUCAAAUUUUUGCAGGCAAUUUCUUCUUCAGCCACCAGGCCGCCAGAAAGUGUUGAGGCCGCAGAUUCUUUUAAUGAGUCAAUGAAUCUGUAGAAGUAAACGUAGUUCAGUGUACAAACAAGAGUGUUGUUGAUUCAGCCGUAUGAUUUUCCCAGUGCUGUAUACAAUGUUAUGUACAUGUAGAUAGAUAGAUAGAUAGAUACAGACCACCUGCCUAAAGUCACUGUCAAGUCCUACUCCUCUCAAAGCAUAUGCAGCAAAAUUUAUUAUGCAUAUACAGCAGUCCUGCCCCCCCCCCCCCCCCCCGCGUAUGCAAUGUCCAGCCAUCACAUCUUCACCGCCUGUGCAAUUCUUGUCACAACAUGUUAUUCCAUGCUCGAAAAAACUCCUGGAUAGAAAGCCAUAGAAUCUGAGCAUCUACAGGCUGUGCUCAUAUCUGUUUCCCGGCCUAUUUGGAUGAUUUGAGCACAGUAGCAGUAGGGUGCAGUACAAUAGGCCUGUAUGGUCUUCCUGGUACCAUGCGUAUAUUAUUAUGAUUGCUAUGGCACUGUACGAGCCAUGUACUUCUUCUAUCUGAAAAAAACCCCAAUGCAUGUCACAGUCCGCCGAGAGUAACUCUUUAUGCUCCUGCUGGCUUUUGUACCGUUUGUCUCGGCAGAAUUUCUUGAACUUCUAUAUAGGGUGGCCAGUGUGCAUUACCCUGCUGUCAUUGGACAACUUGAUCAAUUCCGGCGCUUGCCUGUUCCUUCCUAUCCUGUGGUUACCCGUAUGUUGCCACAUUCCCAAGUAACGAUCAGUUCCUGUAGCCAAUACAUGCAUACAUGUAUAUCUGCA